UUUCUGCGGCUCGCUUGUCUUAUACUGUUUCUCCUGGGCUACUAAAUAUUAAAGGAACUGAAACAAUGAAGGUGAUGCAGUCAAUUUAUACAUUCAUGUUCUUUAUAAUAUGUCUACAGAUGGUAACAUUUUCAGACUGCAUAAAUGGUUCUGAGUUUACAAGUUGCUGUAAUUCAGUUUUCAAAGAUGAUUCAUCCACUGAACACCAAAAUUACACAGUUCUUCACUAUAUAACCUAUCCAGUUACAUUUGUGAUUGCCUUCAUUCUUGGACUACUUAUAUGCUGGAGAAAAAGACAUCAGAAGAAAGGUUUAAAAGGAAUUGGUGACACAGAUUACACAGUGGUGCAGCUGCCAGAACCAGCUGACAAUGAUGCUGAGAAUCAACAGGAACCUAACUAUUCAGUUGUGAUGGAACUAAAGACAUCUGAAAAUGAAGCACCGGACAGUAAGGACUCUGACCUUGUUCUCACACAGGCACCAAAAGUUGCUGUUCAAAAAUUUGACGACAGUAACGAAUACGCAGUUGUUCAGAAACCAAAAGCAGAUAAAAAAAAAGCUCUGGAUAAUAAGGACUCUGACUAUUCCCUUGUGCAGGCACCAAAAAUGACUGAACAAACUCCAGAAAAUAAAGACUCAGACUAUUCCCUUGUGCAGUUACCAAAAGGCACUGAACCGAGGUGAUUUCCAUCUUAUUACACAGCAGUAUGAGAAUGAUCCAAUACAAGAUGGAUAUUCAUGCCUUAAGAAAACAAUGACAGGGUGUUCAAAUAUACUUGAAUAUCUACAUUCCUGUGGGUCUUUUUCUGCCAAAGGCAAAGCAAAGUGCCGUUAAACAGCCCAGGUGUGCAGAAUUUGUACCAACCUGAGUGUGUUAAUUUGAACAACCUGGAGUGUGUUAUUGCACCCAACGCAUUACCAACACUCCGAAGUGAACUGGUUGUCAAGGGAACCAGAUAAAGUUGUUCUGAAAGCUCCAAGCUUUGCUGGUAUAGCGACAUAUUCACACAGUUUGGAAUACUUGUUAGCCAAUGAGAUUGCACCUGCUGUUCUUGCCAUUUUAUAACCUGAAGUACUAAUUUCAAUACUAAAUUUCAGAGGAAAACUGAAGAAUCGCAGCAGGAAAGGGGGUCCCUCGUGUAGAAGGCCGUCUAUAACUGAGAAGGGCUUGAAAACCCAAAGCAUUGGGCUACUAACUGCGUUAUUAUUACUCACAUAUUUGAAUGCAUCUUUAAAGGAUUGUGUUUCUUUCAUUAAAUGAUGACAAGUUUGCAUAUCAUAAAACCAUUUUGAGUGAUUUUAAAAUGUUUUUAAUGUUCUAAUUUAUUACAGUUUGGCCUAAUAAAAUCAUAAAAAAAAAAAAGUUAUUAUAAAUAGAUCUUGCAAUAAAUAUAUAUUUCUGAACAUUGCUCAACACUUUUUUUGGUUGAUCCUCAAGGACAACCUUUUAUAUGUACAUUUUUGCAUUUUCUGAGUUUUUUUGCAGUGUCAGUGCAGAGAACAUGCUACAUAUUAAAUAUACAAACAAAGUGUUUCUUGUUUAUUUUUAAAUUUGUUUUUGGUGCUUGUGAAAGAGAUGUUCAUGCAUGGGAGGCGCUAUGGUACUGGCUACAGACAGCCAUGUUUGUGUUGGUAUAGUGAUGAUCAUUUAUAUACCGACCUGGGGGUCUGUAACAUACCCCAUGUUUGUUUUUUUUUACUUCUAGCCCCUCUGUAACCUAUAGAACUACACCUGCUCCUCUCCUAUCUAGUCUAUCUUUUCUGAAUGUUUUAUACCCCUGGAUAUCGCAUUCCUCUCCAUCUUCAGGACUAAGCGAGGUUUCUGUAAUCCCAACACAUCAUACUUUUCAGUUGACACAUGUGCUUAGUUUAAAUCCUAUGUUAGCCAUAUUAGGUCAGAAGCUAUGCAUACUUUUUAUCUGUGGUUUAAAUGACAAUAAAGAUACAGAAAUAGCUGCUUCUUCUUAGAAACUCAGUUCACCCUUUCAACUAAUUGCUUUUUCCUUCUUCAGCAUAGAUUAGUCAGCUGACUCAUACUGUACAAGGAAAUGAGUAACACACAAUAGAUCUCUGUAUCAUUCCCCUCCAACAAGUAUUGAGACAGAC